AUGUGUAAUCAGUGUGUUACAAUUAAAUUGAAUUAUACAAAUUAUUCAAUUAUUCAAUUUAUUAUUCAUUAUAUAAAUGAUUAUUAUUAUUAUUUAAUUAAUUAUCAAAAAUAUUAUUUAAAAUCAUCGUCAUCGUUAUCAACAUCAACAUCAUCAUCAUCAUCAUCAUUAUGGUUAUUAUGGAAAUCAAAGAAUAUUUCUAAGAAACAAUGUUGUUUAAUAAAAAAUAAUAAAUUUAUUAAACAAGAAAAUUUUUAUUCAGUUUACAAUACUACUAAUAAAACGACGACUACUACCACUAAUACAAUUUAUAAUAAAUCAUUUAUAUGUUUAUGUAUUAUGAUGAUAUUUUGCGUUCAAAUGUCAAUUUCAUUGACAACAGGUAUAAAGAUAUCAGAUCAAUUUAUUGAUAGUAGCACCAGUAAUAAUAAUAAUAAUAAUAGUAAUGGAUAUGAAUUUAUGAAUAUUGAAUUAUUACGUCAUAUGGGUGAAGAAACAUUACGAACCGGUGGUGUAAUCACUCAAUUAUUUGAUGCAAUUGAAUUCUCUGUUGUACAUCAACGAUCUACCUCAUAUUUAAGUAUUCAAUAUUUUAUUGGUUAUAAUCGAUCAUUAUGGUUUACUGUAACACCAUGUACAAAUUUAUUGAAUCGUAUUGAAUUUGUUGGAUCAUCUGCUUAUAAUGAACCAUGGGAAGAAAGUAAAGAUUAUGGUUUACAGUUAUCGAAAUCUGAUAUAUAUUCUGUAAAUUGGCCUCAACAAAAAAUUCGUGUAGAACCAUUUCCAAGUGAAACAAAAUUACCAAAUUUCACUUUAAUUAAUCAAGGUGAUACUAUUCUAGGUUUAACACGUUCAAGAUUACAUUUUACACAAAUUAAAUAUAAAACAGAUAGUUUAAAUGUACGCUUAUAUGGUAAUAUUGGUGAUGCAUAUAAUGUACGUCUUAGUACACGUAGUUCACCAAAACAUGCUUUAGAUGGUUAUCCAGAAUUGGAUAAAACUUCAACUAUAUCUGUAUGUUUAGUACAAAAUACAAAUGAUACAUUAGACAUAUCAUGGAAAGGAGUAAUGCAUAAUUCAAUGCAAAUUAAUUAUUGUGUAGUUAUUAAUGCAAAUGAAAAUCUUUAUUAUGAAUGUACAGCAAUGUCAAGAUUGAAUCAAUUUUUUAAUUAUCAUACAAAUGAAAAAUUUGAACGACCUAAAAUAUUCCAAGAUACCGAUUAUUUAAGACCAAAAUUAAUUGAUAAUUAUGUAUAUAAAUGUGGUACAAAGUCAAUGAUAAGAGUAAGUAUUCAUAUAGGAUAAACAGGUGAGAUUAUAAUUUAUGGAUGACCUUUGAGCGACGCUAGACUGACCUUGAGAGUGACCACUUAAUAACCAGGAUCAAAUGAGGGUUAUAAACCUAUAUGAGAAGUUAUGAUUAAUUUACAGCUGAUGAUUAAGGUUAGUAAUUAAAUUUCGGGUUUUCAUCACAAACUGACAUCAGUUGUAAUGCCAAAACUCCAUUUAUACAAAUGGAUGAGUGAAUUUCGCGUCAAAAUCCGAAACCUGUUAUCUUACAAGUGAUUGGUUCGUCCAUAAAUUAUAGUUUCGACGAUAAACAUUUUCAUUAAAACUUUACUUAAUUACAAAAAUUGUUAUUUGUCUAGAUUCAUCUUUGUCAAUGUGAAACACAAGACAGUAUUAACUUAAACUAAAAUAAGAGAUUAAUGAUUUCAGUGGAAUUAUGCUUCUUACUCAAGAUAUUUCUUCUAUGUCUUGAAAAACACAGAUGGAUGUGAAAAACUAGAUUCAAUCAGGAAGGAAAAAAUGAACAAAUGACGAAUACAUUUAACAUCAAAUUUAGAUCAAAUUAGAUUGAAAUAGAUUUUGAGUAGUUUCAAAGGAAACAUUACUUUUGUAUAGAGAUAGUAAAAGUGAUAGAAUUUUCAUAGUUGAAAUCAGUAAUUAAUCAUAGUUAUACCAUUACUGAAGAUCAGGAAGUACUAGACGAUUAUAUUGUCUUAAGUAAUGUGUAUCGAAGAUCCCAUCUGGGAUUCAACCUAAUCCCUACAGUUUUGAGGCAUGAGGUUUACCUCUUGAUUCGUUGUGGAUAACUGUUUCACACCCAAUAUAUGUAAAUCUCACUAAGCGUAACUUUCAAACAGAACUCUAAGAACGAACAUUCACUGGACAGCACUCGUUUUUGAUUCAUUACGGACUUUGUUUGUUAGUCUAAUGUACUUGCUCCAUAAAUAAUCCUAUUUUCAACGACAGUAACAUUUUAAGCUACAACCAAUAUAACUGUUAUUCAUUUAAGUUCCAGGCAAAGUAAUUAACAAUAUCAUUUAACAGUGUAGUUAUAUGUUCCAUGAAUAAUAAGAUGAUGAAUAAUUUAACGAUUAACAACUGCCAGAACUUUUCCAUCUGAUCAUAAACGAUACGAAAAUAUAUUUAUAUAUAAUAAUUUCUUGUAAUUAGACAAGUUAAUUGCCUGAUGAAGCAUAAAACAGAUUAGCAGAAAGGAUUUUGUGGAGAUUUUAGUAAUUUCAAUAGUUGAAAUCAUGAGUCAAUUGAAGCUAGACCACUAUGGAAAACCUGGAAGAACUGGACGGUCGUUUUGUCCUAGUAUGGGACUCCUCAACGGUGCUUGUCCGCGACCCGCCCCCGGCAAGAUUCAAACACAGAACCUAUCAGUCUCGAGCGCGAGCGCUUAACCAUUAGACCACUGAGCCGGUAUCCAACGGUGUUAAUGUCCAACUUCAACCAAUCCACGAAAUUACGCCACCGUACACCAUUGUCUUCAAUGAGUUCCUAUCUCACAACAGACCUGGUUGAACUCCACUGGUAACGAAUUCCCACUAGAACUCUAGGAGUGUCUCUUGAAUUCAGUCACUAGUGGUCAGAUGAUUAUUAUCAGAAGGGGUUUUGUGGAGAUUUAACAAGAGAAUAAAAAGGGUUUUAAGUGACUUUCGAAUAUCUGACUCUAAUUUAAUCGUCUGAUUAUCGACAUGCACAUGUCGCCAAUCCUUGUAUAUAAUUAUCGAAUUAAACCACGUUAGUGAAUAACGGAAUUAAAAUAAAUCAAAUACGAAAAUGGAUUUCUGAAUACCUAUAUUUCGUACAAUCAUUGAUCAGAACAAACAAUCAGAGAGAUGGAGAGAAGGAAACGACAUGGGCUGGGAACGCAUGUUAGCCAACUCGAUUUAGCCAAGCGUGAAUCGAUAUUGAUAGUCAAACAAAAAUAAGUUACAGACACAUAAUUAGUAGGGUAAGUAAUUAACACACAUGUGAUCAUAAAACAAAACAGUCCAGAAUCACAACCGAAUAAGUGAUAGGGUAAAAAUGUGGCUUGAGUAGAAUGAAUAGAUUGAUCUAUUCAGAGGCUAGAAUGACCUAUGUGGGCUUCAGAUAACACCAGCCACUACAUGUUGAAUGCAAUAAAAAACAAAAAUACAACUUGACAUGAAGACAACUAGUAGGUAUAUAAAAGUAACUCAAAAGUAACUCCAACUAAGAUUUUGUGAUCAUUGGAUUGUAGAAUACAAUCAAGCAGUGGAUUAUUGGAAAAGCAGUUGAUUUCCAACAGAUUGACUGUAAAUUUAAACCGUUCUCAGUUCCGUUUUAAUCCAGGAAGAUAGUUAGCAUUGUUAAUACUCAUAGAAUUAAAGUGUAAGUCAAACUGAACACGUAAAUCUGUACUUGGUACAUAAGUAAGUCAGUAACUCACAUAGAAUACAAAUAAUCUUAAACAUUUUCAAUCAAAACUAUUGCGUGGUCACAUAGAUAUGACAUAGAUUACGCAAUCAGUAUGAAAGUACAGACUUUAAUUGAAACAGAAUUUAUAUCUUUCAACUUCCGCUGUAUUAUAUCAGCUACUCAGUUCCUUUUUUUGUUGACCCAUAAUGAAUUGUAAUAAAUUGGACAGAGGUUUUUAUUUUUUCAUUAUUAUUAUUUGUAACUUAAGCCCGGACAAUUAUUACUUGAUUUAUUGACUAAUCGAAAUACGACUUAUACAAUCUUAGUAUUGUGCCAAACCAAUGAAAUUCGACCGGCAUAAACAGCCUAGCGUCCUAAAUGGCCCAGUUCCUCCUAGCUUUGCCGGUUGAGUCCAGAGCACAUAUAUCAGCUUUCACUAUGAGAAUCAUUUGUUUCAAACAUACGUCGUUUAUAUACCAGCCAAACAGGCCACACCACACCAUAAGAUAGGAAAUAACAUUUAUACAAUAUCAAGUCAAAAAGUGACUGUGAACGUGAAAGACUGUAAUCAAUAAACUGAACAGAACUUAAGAACACUAAAUCAUACAUAUCGUAAUAGUCGUUUGGUCAAAAUGAAGAUUACAUUAAGAGGAAUAUAGAUAUGCAUAAUCUAGUUACUGUAUAGUCAUACAACAGGAAUAAAUAUAUAUAAUAUUAGUCCAUUAUUAGUUCUCAAUAGUUACCCAUAAUCUAAUCUUCACUAGGAUAUAACAAUUAUUAUUUUAAUAGUUGAGAUCAUGAGUCAAUUAAAGCUAGAUCACCAUGAAAAACCUGAAAACACUGUACGUUCUAUUGUGCAACCAAUAAAAUUCAACCAGGUCUGUUGUGAGAUAAUAACUCACUGAAGACAAUAGUAAUUAUGUCGUUUGAUUUCAUGGAUUAGUUAAAUUUAAACAUGAACACCAUUAGACAUUGACCAGUUGGCAUGAGAUCAGUAGGUUUUGGUUUCAAAUCUUACCAAGAUGAGAUCGUGAAUAUGCACUACUAAGGAAUCCCACGAUAGAAUGUGAUUAUUAUUUCGUUAAAAUUAUUUUUUUAAAAAAAAAACACAUUUUCUUUUUGAUUUCUUCUUCUUUUCUUUUCUCCCCCUUCUUCUUCUUUUUCUUCAAAGAUUAGACUAACAUCAACAUUAAGUCAAAUAUUAAAUGAUUUACAUAGAAAUCAUUCACUAAAAUUAUUUAUUAAUGUUUAUGCAAUCAAUAAACGUAUGGAUAUUAGUACCGCAUAUCCGGUCAAAAUGAUACAAUAUUCAAUACAAAAUUGUCAAUCAAAACGUUAUAUUAAUAAUAUUAAAAUAAUCAAUAAAUUAUAUUAUAAUCAAUUCUUUUGGAAUUCUGAUGUUUUAUUUAAAAUGGAAUUCAAUGGGAAAUUAUUUCAAUUAUAUUAUCAACCAUGUCGUUUACCUGGUAAUAAAGCUAUAAAUUAUACAAUAACUUUAUUGAAGAAAAUCAAUUUACAGAAUUCUACUAUGACGACAUCAAAUUUACAAACACUAUGUGAAUAUCCAAUCAACAGUCAUCGAGUAUUACGUAUGUGUUUAGAUUCUGGGGACGGAGUUUAUUACUUACAAUUAAAUGGCAAUCCUAAUUUUGAAAAUAAACAACCAGUGGGUAGAUAUUUUUUCUUGGGACCUAACACAACCAGCUUACUACCUCAGAAACCCAAAUACACAUAUUUUCCAACAGAUAUUUCAAUUAUUAUUAUUCAACCAUCAAGUAAUCAAACUAUAUUUCAAAUUCCAUCACCAUUUUUACAACAACAUUUAAGACAUUAUCGUUUUACUAAUCAUCGUAUAAAACGUACUAAUUAUCAUCAAUUAUAUUUAAAUAAUAAAUUAAAAUCUAAACAAAUUAAUAAUUAUUUAAUGAAAACAAUUACUACAAUUUCACUAAAUAAUACUAAUAAUAAUAAUAAUAAUAAUUUUGUAAACAUUCCAAAUUUAUUAAAACGUCAAUUCAGAAAUAUUCCAAUGAAAAAUGGUUUUCAAAUUGGUGUUGAAUGUACAUCACAUCAAGUGUAUAUAAGUUUAAAAAUUCAUGUUAAUCCACAAAAUUAUUGGAUUUAUACAUUACCAGUAUUAAAUGACUCAAUAAAUAAUAUAAAUUUAAUGUGGGAUUAUUUAAAUAAUAAUAUGACCGAUUAUUGUGAAUUUCCAAAGCAUAUAUUAUCUAAACAAAUUAAACAAAUUAUAAAACCAAUUUAUUGUCAAACAACUCAAGGAAUGCAUUCACUUGAAUUAACUAUACCAGCAUAUCAUCGUAAUGAUUAUCCAAGAUUUUAUUUAAUAUUAAUUUAUGUAUCAAAUAAUGAUGAUAUUAAUGGAAAAUAUAAACAAUUAUUUGUACGUCAAUUAUUAGAUACAUGUAAUAUUAUAUCAAAUGGUUGUUAUCCUAAUGUACCAACAGAUUGUCGUCAAAAUUAUCCAAAAUAUUUACCAUACACAUUUGAUCCAUUAAUGUCUAGUUCAGUAAUAUUAAAUUCAAAUUCAUCUAAUCAAAUACCUGUAUGUAUGAUAGAUGAAUAUUAAAUAAAUAUGUCUAUUGUUUAUUUAAUAUUUAAUUAUAGUUUAAUUAAAUUUUUAUUUAAUUCUAGUCAAUCAUCCAUAGAAACGUUUAUGUAUUUAUUUAUCAUUUAUCAUUGAACAUUCAUCGCAUUUAUAAGUUUUCAAGUUUAUUUAAGGAAAAACAAACAAAAACAAUACAAGUCAAAUAAAUGAUAACAAUGGAUUAUUUGUUCUUUUGUGAAAAACAAAAAAAAAAUUAUUUUUUACUUAUUUUAAACACUGAUUUUUUUCUUUUUGAAAAGGCCUUUCACAGUAAAAAAAAGAAGAAAAAGAAAAAGGAGAUAGAUUCGAUCUAGAAUAUCAGACUGAGUAUAAACCACUAGUUAAAUUGUCUAUUAUUAUUAUCUUUUUUUUGGGGGGGGGCGGGUUAACUAUAAUAAGAUGUCAUAUUUGAAUUGUAUUUACUAUUUUCAUUUAUUUCAUUUUACCCGGUGUUAUCUGUAAUAUCAUUAACACCAUAUACAAUAAUAAUAUCUAUCAUUUGUUCUAUUCUAUAUGAUCCUUUUGAAUCGUUUACAAUUUUUUUCAAUUAUAAUUCUUUGUAUAUCUUUUCCUCUCUGAUUAUACAUAUUUAAUUUUAUGAAGGAAAAAACAAAGACAAAGAAUGUAUUUUCUCAUAGCAACAAAAUAUUCGUCACUGUUUUAUUUUAUUGAUGAUUCAAUUAUUAUUUUUUUA